AUGCCCCAUGAUGAUGUGACUAGCACAGUAGAAUCUGUACCGCCCUAUAGGAUGCCGCCCGCCCCGGAAGCUGCCUUACCAGGGGCGCCUGCGCCAAUGUUGCCAGCCGCGAUACACACACACUCGGCCAAGUUUCCCAUAGAACGUGAAGUGAUUCUGUCGUCUGGUGAUAAAAACUCGAAGGUGCCAAUACUACAAGAGGCCAGAAAGCGUGGAAGACUUGGCGCUGUCGCACCUGAUACGCCACCUAAGGCUCUAUCUGCGUGGACGCAUGCUGAGAACCAAGCCGGAACAUCGGGUGACUUCAGACAGUAUCACGAUCAGUACGGCUACACCCACCAUCAAGGUCAGAACUUAAAUCGCAGCACACAAAACUACGAUUCGCCCAAACCGCCUAUACCUGCCAAAAACACACCAAACAACUCACACAUGGUCACAGUCGUAGAAACAACUAAAGAUAGCACCAGAGACGCCCCGAAGAGUACAAAAUCUGUCACUAAAACUUACCAUACUCUGAAAGACAUGAUCUCAAGUAAGUUUAAGGGCAAGGAAAAUAAUGAAGCAGAUAAGGAAGAAAGUCUUAAUAAUAAUAAUGAAGAAAGAAGACGUGAACCGGAACCGGUUACGCCGAGGGAAGGUGUAAGAAAGGAAGGAAUAUAUGGAAGACCAAUGCAAAGACCCGAGUUGCAGUAUAACCAUGGAAUGACUAAUAAUAUGGUGUAUUCAAGUCCAUCCCCACAUAGACAAUUAAUGCAACAACAAAUGGUACAACAACAAAUGAUGAACCAGCAAGCGAGAUCCCAAGAGAUGCUAAAUCAACAGGCAAGGUCACAGGAGAUGCUGAAUCAGCAGGGAAGAUCACAGGAGAUGUUGAAUCAGCAGGGAAGAUCACAAGAUAUGAUGAAUCAGCACGGAAGAUCACAAGAGAUGCUUGCUCACCGACCUCAAGCAUUGGGCGCUGAUGCGUUAUACCAACAAUAUGGACCGCCCGGAAGAAGAAGCGCUAUGUAUCAGAGGGAUCUUGAUGUAAGGUCUAUGGCGAAUUUUACUUCUCUUAAAAGUGGACCACAGCCACAGUACGAUAACUCAAAUUCACGGCUUGAUUUAAGAAGUCCUCAACAGCUCGAGCGUGAGAUUGUUCAACAUCGGAGACUUAUCGACGGAAGACGUUCCACUUCACACCCACAUUUACUCGACGAGCCCCAAAGACCUGAACCAAAACCGCAAGUGUACGAUCGUUCAAGAAGAAAUUCACACGAAAACCUUUUAGACGGUACGCCUAAUGAAAACGGUCCACCUAGAAGUAACGACGAAAGAGAAUCCGACGACGGUGGCUUCAGAAUGAAAUUAGCGGCCCAAGGAAGGUCGAGUUUUGAACGCAUUCGUACCAGUGGCCGAUCGGUAGAUUCGAGACAAAUUCCAGAGGAAUACAGAAGAACGCCCGACAGCCUUAGAGAAUCUCGUCGGACACCGGAUUCUAUUAACCAGAGGCAAAAAGAAAGUACACCCAAUCCAGUAGAUGCUGAAAGAAAUGAUGAAAGUGCUAGUCAAAAAUCAGCAGACAGUGUUUACACAUCGAACAAAGGCGAAGGAUACAAUCCGCAGCCUUCAUCAUCCAGGCAAACACCAAGCAGAAUAGAAGACUUAAAAGCACAUGGAAAAAAAGGUACUGGUGGUUCAGCAGCUAGCUCAGAUUAUGAUAAAAAUGGAGGUCAAUCAUCGAAUGUGGACUCCGGUAGAGGCAGCGUGGCGUAUUCAAGUGGUCGACGCGCUGACGCUAGCUUGCACGACACUUCAGCAGACUCAGAUGCCGCUGGGACCAGAGAACUGAGACAGCAGCCGCAGCCGGGUACCAGCCAGCAAAACCCUCAACCCGCUGGCGAAAACGAGUGGGCGGAUCUGGUGGAGUGUGAGUUACGUCAGAUUUUGGAACCUAAAUUGUCAAAUAUGAGGCUCGAUAGCUCGGAUAGUUCGGACAGUUCAAUAACACCACCCCUGCCACCACUGUCACCAUCUUCGGACUUGCAUAAAAGAAAUAGUUUGCCAGGACGCUCAUCAGAAUACCCAGAAGAAAGGAGGCGUCGAGAUGGAAGAGAGUCUCCCCGCUGGCACGGACAUUCUCACUCACAUAAGAAACACUCCUCAAAACGAGACCACCAUUAUAAAAGACACUUAUUCGGCCUAGACACAACAGACAUGACGUCCACAACUACCCGCAGCCUGGAUCUAUCCUCUCUUCUUGACGGUCGAACCGACAGUGACGCGUCGACAGGCGACGCCCGCGCAAUCCGUCGACAACUUCGAGGCUUAGAGAACAUGUACGCUGAGGUGUUGCAACUUCUGGGAGUUAGGAAACCAGCUAGUUUAGCUAAACAGCCUACUUGGGAAGCCAGAUUAUCAUCGAAGCGUCGUUACGGAAGUAUGUCAUCACUGCCUUCGAGUUCCGUAAGCAGCCGGCCGCAAAGAGACAAGAGACGCUCCUCCGACCAUCGAAAGAAGAAUGAUUUGAAGGGCAUAAACAAGCGUUUCCAACGAUUGGAGUCGCAUGUAGUGACGUUGGCUCGCUCAGUCGCCCAUUUGUCUAGUGAAAUGCGGACACAACACCUUGUCAUGCAGGAGAUGGAUAACAUCCGAGCUGAGAUCGCUGCGCUUAGGCAUAUGUACAAAUCGCAACAAUACAUAAGAUCAGGUCACUCUCGGCACCUGGACCCAUUCUCGUUCAGCAACCCCGACCGCGUCAAGAGACUCACCAAGUUCUUCGGAGACGAGCCACCUCUCAUGAGACUGUUCCUCAAGAAACUUGGUUACGAGAAAUAUGCUGCAAUGUUAGAGAAGGAGAAAGUCGGUGCCGCUGAACUACCUUACGUAGGAGAAGACAAGUUGAGAGCUCUGGGCGUUCCUUUAGGGCCUCGAAUGAGAAUCUUGAAGGAAGCUGGUAUUCAUCACGAUUUACACUUCCCAAGAGAUGAUCCAAAUACAACUACUACCACACUUGCUAUAGUUUAA